AGGACGUCAGGAGACAAUCAUUGGGCACAAAACCUUGUGCAGAACCUGAUCUCCUACUGACCAUGUGGCUCUACAGUUUCUUCCAAGGACUCGACCUGACAAGGCUUCUUCUGUUGGUCUUUCUCUUCCUGCUUAUUGCAGACUUCUUCAAAAACAGGAACCCUCCAAAUUUCCCUCCAGGACCACGGGGGCUCCCUCUGCUAGGAAGCGUUUUAAGUAUGGACUUCCAACGUCCGCACGAAUAUUUGACCAAGCUUUCAGAAACCUAUGGCAAUGUUUUCCACCUCCGCCUCGGCAGAACUAAGAUAGUGGUUGUUUGCGGUUACAAGAUGGUGAAGGAAGCCAUUGUGACGAAUGCUGAAAACUUUGUGGAUCGGCCAUAUAGUGCAGUCAAUGACAGGUUCAACUCUGGAACUGCAGAUGGUAUCUUUGCCAGCAGCGGAGAAAGAUGGAAGACACAUCGCCGUUUUGCAUUGUCAACUUUACGCACCUUUGGAUUUGGGAAGAAUGUGACAGAGCAGAGCAUUAUUGAGGAGCUCCUACAUUUGCAGGAGGAGAUGGUCAAAGAGAAAGGGGCGCCUUUCCACCCUGCCAAACUCUUCAACAACGCUGCAUCGAAUAUCAUCUGCCAACUGGUGAUGGGGAGGCGCUACGACUACAGCGACCACACCUUCAGCACCAUGCUCAAACAUCUCUCAGAUGUUAUCAAAGAUGAAGGCUCCACCUGGGGUCGACUGUACGAUUCCUUCCCCUGGCUGAUGAAGCACUUGCCUGGACCUCACAACAAAAUGUUCCAGGACUUCAUCACACUCCAACAAUUCCUCAACAAGGAGAUCAAGAGACACCAACAGGACUUGGACCACAAUAAUCCUCGGGACUAUAUAGACAGUUUCCUCAUUGAAAUGGAGAAGCAUAAGGAAUCCGAUUUGGGCUUCACUAAGGCCAACCUGGUUAUCUGUUCCUUGGAUCUGUUUUUGGCCGGAACAGAAACAUCUUCAACUACAUUGCAGUGGGCUUUGAUAUACCUCAUCAAACAUCCAGACAUACAAAAGAAAGUCCAGGCUGAGAUAGACCAGGUGAUUGGACAGAACCGGCUGCCCGCCAUGUCUGAUAGACCCAACAUGCCGUACACGGAUGCAGUCAUCCAUGAGGUCCAGAGGAUUGGAAACAUUGUCCCACUGAAUAUAUUGAGAUCUACCAGAAGGGACACCAUGGUUGGAGGCUACUUCAUUCCAAAGGGAACCACUGUGCUGCCCAUGCUGACCUCUGUGCUGUACGACAAGAACGAGUGGGAAACUCCAGACUCCUUCAACCCAGGACACUUCCUCGACUCUCAUGGGAGGUUUGUGAAGCGAGACGCAUUCCUGCCGUUCUCUGCAGGGAAGCGGGUGUGUCUCGGAGAAGGGCUGGCCAAGAUGGAGCUCUUCCUGUUUUUGGUGGGUUUAUUGCAGAAGUUCUCCUUCGCUGCUCCUGAGGGUGUGGAGCUGAGCACUGACAGCAUCAUAGGGACCACAAACGUGCCUAAGCCCUUCCAUGUUCACGCCAAGGUUCGCUGAUCGACUCAGUAUGUUAGUGAUGUAAAACUUGUAAUGUCAACUGUUUUUGUAAUCAUGAAUCAUGUUUAUACUCAUGUUUAUAUGCACAAAUCCGCUCUGUGAUCAACCUACUCCUAACACAUAUAUUUUGGUUUGAUUUGUGUCCUCCUAAGUCUUGCCCUUGAUCAACUCAUGUCUUGCAUGACUAGCAUGGCAUCAUGCUUAGCUCGUGUCUAAACCCCUUGACCGGGUGAAAGUCUUUUCCCUUUGAAAUUAUUUAGCCUUUCAAGGUGCAAAUGUACGACUUGUGUUUCAUGUUUGAGGUCCAGGUCGUCCUUGCACCUCCUGGUCAAAACAUUCCUUUAACCUGAAAAUAGUUCAGUGAUUUCAGUCUUCAUUGGAUAAUUCAUAAAUCCCUCCCACAAGUCCAACUAAAAUAGACCUGGUACAGUGGGCAGUGGUGGGAGUCAACCAGUGGAUAUAGAUGAGCUGAAAACCAUAAGUGUGGUAUACAAAGCCAAGUCAGCAGGACCUCAGUUGAAUGGCUAAGGAACCUGCACCAGUAAACAGGGAUGGAAUCAAAGCCUGGAUUCUGAUUGAAACGCAGCAGUGUCAGCAAACUCUGGACACCAUGAUGAAGGACCAACCUCGUCCAUCGAUCCCUUGAUCUAUCCCACAAAUGCAAAAUGUAAGAAACUGUGGUGGUAAAUAAAAAUUGUUUUUGGAACAUCUCUUGAACAAGUCUUACACAAAGCCAAUUGCCAGGAGCCGUUUAAACUUCGGAACAGGAUAAUUCAGAGUUGAGUACCAGCCUAAAAUAGAAUGUACACUCACUCUUGAAAAGGAACAAGCCAAGAUUGAAAUCUAGAAUGACUGUGUCAGGGCUCCUUGAUUCUAGUACAGUUGG